AUUGUGUGAUCAAAAUAGGGCCUCGGGUCAAGAACUGCCCAACUGACUCCAACACAAUUAUAAUGAAAUCAAAUGCUACCUUGGACUCAACCUUCAGCUUCUGAUUUCAAAUCAAACAUGGUUUUACAGAUGAAAUUUUACUAUACAUAUGAUAUAUUGAGUUGAUUUGCGAUGGUGGACAAUAUUUGAUUCUGCAUUCAGUAUUGAUGCCACUGCACCUCCACACCAAGCAAAGCCAGCUAUAUUGUGAUGCUCGAAGACACUUUAACUGCUUGAUUCUAUGCAUGAAAGGUGGCGUGCCUUGUCAAGACUUGGCACUGAGCAAGGACUUUUCAGCUUCAACAGCAUGAACAGUGAGAAGGCCAUCUCAAUUGAGUCUAUGAUAAAUGCCAGUCCAUUGCCCGAAGCUGUCAGCGUUUUGGUUGUGGAUGGCAAUUCUUCAUGUCUUGCAAUCAUAUCGAAAAUGCUCUAUAAAUUCGGUUAUAAAGUUUUAAUUGCAAAACGAGCCACUGUCGCGUUGUCGAUUGUACGGGAGAAAGAAGAUGACCUUCACCUUGUUCUGGCAGAGGCUCAUUUGCCUGACAUGGAUAAAUACGAGUUCCUAGAGAGAAUGGGAGAAAUGUCCAAAUUACCAGUUGUUCUUAUGUCGGCUGAUGAUAAUGAGAAUGCUAUGUUAGGCAGCCUGUUCAAGGGUGCUAUGUUCUAUCUUGUGAAACCAGUUACCUUGAACAAUGUAAGAAACCUAUGGCAGUUUGCAUCAAUGAAGAGUAGAGAGGAAACAGCAGCCACUGAUGGAGUAAGCAGUGUUCAGGGGGAAACAUCUGAUAUAGAGAUUCAAUCAUUUGAGAACAAAAUGCAGCAGAGUCACCAAAAGGCCAAAAGAAAAGUGCCGGAAGCAAUGGAGAAAGAUGAGGAGGAAGACAAUGACGAUUCAACUGUCAUAAAGAAGCCAAAGCUAAUUUGGACAAAUGAUCUACAUAACAGAUUCCUGGAAGCUAUCAGAGUAUUAGGCAUUGACGGAGCUCAUCCAAAGAAGAUACUUCAGCAUAUGAAGGUCCAGGGACUAAAAAAGGAAAAUAUUUCAAGCCAUUUACAGAAAUAUCGUCUCUUCUUGAAGCGGGAACAAGAUGCAAUCCAAAAGACCAUGACUAGAGAUACUACUGGAUCAAGUAUGGCAUCAAAUCAGCAAGCACCAUUCAAUUUACAAGGAUUUCUUCAAUUUUCAAAUCAUCAAUCCCCAGUGACAUCAUAUCAACUAGAGUCAAGCUGUAGUGAUAUAUCAAAUCCUUUGUAUGGGCAACUGAUGGAACCAAGGAAUCAGCUAGAUUCUACUUAUCCCAAUUCUGGCCUUGUUGGAAUUUGGAUCACUAGCAAUGACCUGGCAGGAUUUGGCCAGACAGGAAAUUCUAAUGGUGAAGAAAUCCUCAGAGGGGACACAGAUCCCUUCAGUGUGGAUAGUAUUGGCUUUGGAAAUGCAACACAUUGCCUAACAUUGCUGAGUGAUUCCUUGUAACAACAAUUUCUGCAGCCACAACUACUUCCUCCACCGCCACUGGAGCCAGAAGAACAUGAUAUUUUUGGGGUUGAAAGAGGAGAAAUAGAUGAAUGAUUUGAUACUGCAAAAGACCCUACUAGUCUGUUCCAUGAUGAGGAAUUUAUUGAUCUCUGGUAAUCAAGUUUUGCAUCCAGCCACAGGGGUGUGAAAGGGCCAUGUACAACAGUACAAGAACACUGACAUCACUACUUGCAUGGGCAGUGAGGUUCCAGAAACAUAAAUUAAGCCAUGGCGAAGUUUUGGAAGCCAAGCAAGAAAGGUG